AUGUCUUCCAAUAGACCUCCGCCCUUCUUGCAGCAGCUGGUCGGGCUGACCGAACCAGCACAGCUCAUGGCUUGGGCUCUGUCCCAUCACAUCCGAGUCUUUGCAGGCGCAAUUUUGAAAGGCCAAAUCUUAGCCCCAAUCACUCAGACCCAAAAACUGCGCGAUGAAGCAUUUGGCCGCUUCUGGAUCGACUUCAGCUCCCUCCGAGAAGCACCUGCUGGCGCAAGUCCCUCUGAAAUCCCCGCCCCAGUCGGCUCCUCCGCUCUAAUCCCCCCACUCCUCCGCACAGCCAGCGGAAGAGUCCUAGACAUAGGCCCAGGAACAGGAACCCAAAUGCACCUUCUAACAUCACCAUCCAUAACAGCUCUUUACGGCGCAGAGCCCUGCACAAGCCUGCACGGCGCCAUCCGCACAAAAGCAGAGCAGCAGGGCAUUUCGUCCAAAUAUCACAUCCUCCCCACCGGCGUCGCAGCAACAGAUCUGAUUCCUGCUCUGCGGGACUCGGGGGUGGAUGUUGGUUCGGAUGGCGUUUUUGAUACGAUUCUAUGUGUGCGGGUUCUUUGCUCUGUGCCGAAUGUGGAUAGGACUGUUCGCGAGCUGUAUGGAAUGUUGAGGCCUGGGGGGAGGAUUUUGGUUACGGAGCAUGUUGUCAAUCCUUGGCGGAGGCCGAAGGGGUCUGUUCUUGCUCGAGUUGCGCAGUUUGUGUAUCAGAUGAUGGGGUGGAGCUGGCUUGUUGGUGACUGUGCUUUGGAUUGUGAUACUGAGACUGCCUUGAGAGGGGCUGCUGGGGAGGAGGGAUGGGAGAGUGUUGAGCUGGAGAGGAAUUUCGAGUGGUCUGCUAUGCCUUAUAUCUCGGGGGUCUUGGUCAAGAGGGGAUAA